CACGCCCACUUUGUAAAUACCAAUAUGGCGGAAAUUUCGUGAAACGUCUGAGAGAAAGAGUACUUGAUACUCUUCUUUGAAGGUUUUUGAUAGGUUGGGACCAAGCGAUAAUCACUCAUUUGAUAAUGAAGAAACAGUUUUAUCGCGUGAAGCAGCUGGCCGAUCAGAGAGUUGGAAGAGCGGAGAAGACCGAGAUUUUAACAGAAGAUCUUCAGCAUGUUGAGAAAACAGUGGAUAAGAUCAAGCAUGCAUGCCAAACAACAAACAAGAGAUUAGCUGCUUCCAUGCAGGGUACUGGAAUGGAUUUAGACAAGAGACUGGCUGUAGUAUUCCUCAAGUCAUUACGUGGGUCAGAUGAUAUUGCUAUGNUUUUGUUUACAAAACAUGUUCAGUAUCUAAGUGCUAUGUUUUCUUCUUCUAGGGAAGUGAUGCAAAAAGCAGGGGAUGUCCAGUCAUCAUUGGCCAGAGAACUGGCAGAAUACGAAAUGCAAGUAGAAAAUGAUGUUUUGGCACCAAUGACAUCUCUUCUUGAGAAUGAUGUCCCAAAUAUCACCCAAACAAAGAAGAAACUGACAAAGACCAGACUUGACAUGGAUACUGUUAAAUCAAGAUGGCUUGCAGCUGUCAAGGUCUCUCAUGGAGCAAAUAAAGACUUUCAUGUUGCUGCAGCAAAGGCAGAUACCCUCAAAGAGGAAUACGAGGAAGAAACUGCUAAAUUUGAAGCAUGUCAAGAUACUCUGACUACGGAGCUUUUGAAGUUUGUUGCAAGAGAAGGAGAAUACUCCAACUGGAUUAUCAAGUUUAUUGAAGCUCAGUUGGAAUAUCACAAGAAAGCAGUGACUGUUCUUGACAACAUCUUGCCCACCCUUAAGCAACUUUUGGAUGAAUCAGAGCUUCAACCUGUUUAUGGCUGCCCACUGGAGGACCACCUAAGAAUUCAGGAAAGAGACAUUGCGUUUGUGAUUGAAGAAUGUGCUACGUUUCUGUACAGAGAAGCCAUGGACAUUCAAGGUUUAUUUCGACUGGCUGGUAGUGCUAUCAAGAUUAGAAAACUCACGGCUGAAUUUGAUGCUGGCUUAGUUGACUUAUCAGAGUUUGACAAUGAUGUUCAUGUUGUGACAGGAGCACUAAAGCAGUAUCUUAGAGAGCUUCCAGAACCUCUUAUGACUUCUAAACUCUACAAUGAAUGGAUACAGGCUUCAGCUAUACAAGAUAAUGGAACAAAGUUACAAGCCUAUUGGACUAUUGUAGAAAAGAUGCCUCCAUUGUACAAAGCCAAUCUCAGAUAUCUCAUAACUUUUCUAGGGAAGCUCUCUGAAAAUAGUGAAGUAAAUAAAAUGAGUGCAAGCAAUAUUGCUAUUGUUAUAGCGCCCAACAUCAUUUGGUCGCCAGAGGAUGAAGGUGGGGUAAAUGUCCAACACACCGGUGUCCAAUCGUCCAUUGUCGAGGCAUUGAUUCAGCAUUACCAGUGGUUCUUUCCUGGAGAAAUUGACUUCACACGUAAAACAGCUUCAGGGACGAAUGGUGUGAAUCAGACCAUGACUGACAAGAGUUCUCAAGUUAAAAAGGCUUCUGGGGAGUACAAGAGUGUUACUGGGGACUUCUUAGAGGAAGUAGUCAGUCUCAUCAAUUUGAAGGGUACCGACGGCUGCCCCCAGCCUGCAGACAAUUCCGAGGAAUCAGAUGCAACUAAACCAGCAAUAAUUAAUGUGGAGCAAACCCCUGCGUUAACAGCCAACACUCCUCCAGCAAAGAAAAAGAACGCUCCUGCAGCCUUGGUGAAAUUCAUGGGCUCCUCCAGUCCUGGACAUGCUUCCACUGCUCCACCACUACCCGGUCCCAAGGCUACCGCGACGUCUGUUGGACCGCCGAGACCUGUGAACGCGCCUCCGCCUCCUCCAGCGAAACCUGUUAAAAAAGAAAACAAAUAAUCGUCUCUUUUUCGGAAAUGUUAUUUUACAGCGAUGCAGAUGACUAAACAAACCAAAGAGCACCCAUUAGCUCUGAGAGAAAGCAUCCAGGACGAUGUUUGGCUGUUUGAGGUUUAUAUAUGACUUAUAUUUCUAGCCUAUGAAUGUCUCUGAUCGCGUUGUGUUGCGUUGUCAAUGCCUGUGUCAAGACUAUGAGCCACGAGAGGGAAAUUAUAUCAAAAGUGUGAAUGCAGUUUCACCCCAGAUGUUUCAGAGAGUUAAACUGGCUUUCUAGCGUCAAAACAAGUGCUCUCGUGAGCCACUGAGCCAGGCUACUGGAAGUUUCCGAAGCGGAGAGCCGUGAAUAGUCCUUUAAAGACCUUUGUCAAUAGUGCUACAUUUUUGGUUCUUGUUGAUAGGAAAAGUAUCCCUUAGCCCGCAGUUCAUAUUUUUUACCCAUUUCUUAUUAGUAAUAAAUCGUGAUUCACAUGCAAUUUCCUCUUACUGAAUGCCGUUGAUGAGAAUAAGAAAACAGAUCAGGAGGGGGCAAGCUGUAUUUUAUAUUUGAAUCAUUUUCUUCUCAGUCAACUGUAUCGUCAGAGAUAUAAGGCAAGUAAGAGAAAUUUGUAUGUUGACAUCCGUUUAAGGGACAUGCAUUACACUUGCUUGGUCUUAAUAAUUUUAAAAAAUCAUCCUCCAAUUUUAUUCUUUUUAGUGCUAACAACUACAUUUUAAAAUGGCACAUUGCUGUCGCAAAGUUAAUAGUCUUAAUAAAUUCCAGGUUAUAUUUAGAAUUCAGUUAUAAACAGAUGUCAGUUGCCUUAUGACGAAUGCGGAAAGUUGAUUAAAAGUAAUUUUAUAUUUGCUUUGUUUUGCUGACCAAUCAGAGCAUAUGUACUGUUUUCUUUUUCAGCCAGUCAGAAGCGAAGAUCCGUGGUUUUGUUAACGCGCGUUUUCCUGCGCUUGGUGCUGUUUACAUGCCUUGGUUUUGAUUUUUGAUUGGUUCACUCGAUGAUUAACUAUUGCUCUGAUUGGCCAGAAUGAGAUUAUUUUCAUUCUUGUCUGCAGUAGGAAAGCACUUAGUUAUCUCUUUUACUUUACCUAGACAGCUAUGCAAGCAGGCGCUCUUUUCCUUUUUAAUUCUCUUCUGAGAAAAGAAAAAUGGCAUGUGUUAUUUGAAGAUUAAAAAGUAUCAUAUCUCAUUUCUUUUUUAGGAAUUUUCAGUUGUAAAUUCAACGAAGAGUCUUGAACAGGAUAGUUUAGUUUGUGUUUGAUAUGAGAUAUAUAUUUUAUAUUUUUGAACUGAAUUAUGUACUAUCAACGAAUUAUAAUAAUUAACUAAAUCAACAGAAUAUCCUGGCAAAAUGAAAUAGUAGGUUUACAAUAACAUAAUUUGGAAUAAAAAUCAACUUUCAAAAUAAGAAAGAUUUACUAGACGAGUUUUUGCGUUAAGAAAGGAACUUGUCAUACAUUGCAAUUGCAAGGAAGCGAGAAUCGUUUACGUUGUUCCUAAUGAUAUACAAGAAAAUAGUGUAUAGCCUUUAAAAUUGCUACGUUUUAGCUUUAAAAUAACAUGAAAUAAAUUACAGACUACAAAU